AUGUACGAAAGUCCCAUCUCCAAGAACACAGGACCUACCCUAAUACACCUCAGAGCGGAAAGGAACCAACCUAUCCUCCAACCUCGAAGACAAAAGCCAUGGACCGAGCAGCUGGACAUCCACGCCCUCGUGCGAAGCGAAGCACAAGCCAGCACAGUGCAGAAACUCGGCGUCAAGCCCGUGACUUUUCUCCAGCUUCAACGACACACAGAUCGUCUAGAGAAGAUCGCCGAAGACUUCGAUGUCAUAAUCCACGUCGGCGCCGGCUGGCACACUCCCUCCGCGAAAGCCCUAAUCACGGGGCAAGGCACCCGAAAAAAAGCCCAAAACCCCAACCGCGCAGCAGCAGCACCCCAUUACAUCCAAAUCUCAGGUACAUCGAACCCAAGCGACCGACCUCACACCGACAACUACACAGACACACACCUCUUCACCGACGUUGAAGAUAUCUACUCCUACGUAAAGUACCGCGAAUCGCGCGAAACAUACCACCAACGCACGACAGACCUCACCGUGUGCGAGACCGGCAAGGCCCUCGGCGUAACCACAUACAUCCUGUCAGCUAUGAUCGCAGACGCGUUGAAUUCCGAUGCCGUCAGCGUCGUCGGCACAGGAAAUACCGUCUGGAGCCAUGUGCAUAUUCAGGACCUGGCUGGUUUGUGUGUCGUGAUGCUUCAGAAGAUCUGCACCGGGGUGGAGAUUCCGUCUGGAGAGAAGGGGAUUUACUUUUGUGAAACGGGCGAGUAUUCGCAUCGCGAGUUCUCGGAGAGGUUGGCUAUCGCUGCUUGCGAGUUGGGGGUGUUGUCCUCGUCGGAUGAGGCGGGGGAGAAGUUGGCGAUGGGAAGUGUUUCGAGGGCGGAGUUGUCGUUUGCUGCGAAUGCUCGGACGAAGGCUGUGUUGGGCCGUAAGGUGGGUUGGAUGCCUUCGCAUGGUGAUGAGCGGGAAACUACUUUUCAUGAUGAAGUCAGUGCGUUUGUUGAAAAUCCUCCCGGUGAGCGGGAUGUUCCGGAGUUUCUGAGGAAACGCUAA